CAUUUUGGGGUGGUGGAAAAGGUAACCCACACUCAGCUGUGGAGACCUUGAGUCAGGAAAGAACAUGGCUCAUUUGUGGAACUGGGCAUGGUCCAGUGUGGCCAGAGUGGGAAAUAUGAUGGGGAAUGGGGAGCAUAGUCAGAGAUGAGCCUAGAGUAUAGGGAAACUAAGUUUUUCAGGUCUUCAAAGGAAGCAGUGGCAUGGGGGUAGCAGACAAGACAUAAGUGAAAGGUGACACUUGAGCUCAGUCUUGAUAUACAUAGUAAGCAUAUUGGGGGGGGGGAAAGAGGAGAGAUGAAAAAGCAAGGGAAACAAAGCAGCUGAAAGCAUAAAUAUUGGGACAGACCACUUUAACCAUCAGGUCAUAUAGAGGGAGAUUGGGAAAGAUGCUGGAGGUGGGAUCAGAUUGGAUAAUAAUUCCUUUUGACCAUGUUACCUCCCAAAUGCACUGCCCUUAUAGGUAAAUAAGUUCUCUGUUUCUAGAACAAUGCCCAGAACCUAGAAGACCCUCCAUAAAUAUUUGCUGAAUGAAUUUUAAUUUGGAAAUGAUAUACACACUUUUUCUACCUUUACAAUAAAACAGCUUUGAGCAUGGAGGAAGUGUGUUGAAUGAGAUUCUUCUACUUAUUUGUCUUCUGCCUGGAAAGCCUACAGAUUUGUGUAGAGACAGAAAUGUACUCUUUUCAGUGGAACUUUAUAUGAAAGACAUUUUCAUGAGAAAGGAAAGAGAUGCUAAAGAAGGAGGUAUUUAACUGAAAGGAAUCUCUGCCUCACUGUUCCAACCAAACCAGAUGCCUUCUUCCACUUCACCAGACCAAGGAGAUGACCUGGAGACCUGCAUUUUAAGAUUUUCUGACCUGGAUUUAAAAGAUACAAGUCUUAUUAAUCCCAGCAGCAGCCUCAAAGCAGAGUUAGAUGGCAGUACGAAGAAAAAAUACUCGUUUGCAAAGAAAAAGGCCUUUGCUCUUUUUGUCAAAACCAAAGAAGUUCCAACAAAAAGGAGUUUUGAAUGUAAAGAAAAAUUGUGGAAAUGCUGUCAGCAACUAUUCAGAGACCAAACCAGCAUCCAUAGACAUGUGGCAACACAACAUGUUGAUGAAGUUUAUCACCAGACAGCUUCUAUUUUAAAGCAACUGGCUGUGACAUUGAGCACCUCAAAGAGUCUUUUGUCUGCAGAUAAAAAGAACCCUCUAAAAGAAUGCCUUCCACAUAGCCAUGAAGUGUCUGCUUGGCUCCCUGAUAUAACCUGCUUUAACCCUGAUGAGCUGAUAAGUGGCCAGGGCAGUGAAGAAGGGGAGGUGCUCCUUUAUUACUGCUACCGUGACCUGGAGGAUCCCCACUGGAUCUGUGCCUGGCAGACAGCUCUGUGUCAGCACCUGCACCUCACAGGCAAGAUUCGAAUUGCUACAGAAGGAAUCAAUGGGACAGUUGGUGGAAGCAAACUGGCUACCAGACUCUAUGUGGAAGUCAUGCUUUCCUUCCCAUUGUUUAAGGAUGAUCUGAGUAAAGACGAUUUUAAGACCAGCAAAGGAGGAGCUCACUGUUUUCCAGAAUUGCGUGUUGGUGUAUUUGAAGAAAUUGUGCCCAUGGGCAUCAGCCCCAAUAAGAUCUCCUACAAGAAGCCUGGAGUCCAUUUAUCCCCAGGUGAAUUUCAUAAAGAAGUAGCAAAGUUUUUAUCUCAGGCAAAUCAAGAACAAAGUGAUACUAUCCUUCUUGAUUGCAGAAACUUCUAUGAAAGCAAAAUAGGACGAUUUCAAGGCUGCUUAGCACCAGACAUCAGGAAAUUCAGUUACUUCCCUAGCUACGUUGACAAAAAUCUAGAACUUUUCAGAGAGAAGAGGGUGCUGAUGUACUGCACCGGGGGCAUCCGCUGUGAGCGGGGUUCAGCCUACCUCAAAGCCAAGGGAGUGUGCAAGGAGGUGUUCCAACUCAAGGGUGGCAUCCACAAGUACCUGGAAGAGUUUCCAGAUGGCUUUUACAAAGGGAAGUUGUUUGUUUUUGAUGAACGCUAUGCUCUGUCCUACAACAGUGAUGUGGUGUCAGAAUGUUCAUACUGUGGAGCCCGGUGGGACCAGUAUAAACUCUGCUCUACUCCCCAGUGCCGCCAGCUCAUUUUGACCUGCCCUGCCUGUCAAGGACAAGGAUUCACAGCCUGUUGUGUCACAUGUCAAAACAAAGGGAGCAGGAAGGCUUCAGGCCCUACGCAAGACAGCUUCAAAGAGGAAUGCGAGUGCACAGCCCGACGGCCACGUAUACCUAUGGAACUCUCGCAGCAUGUGCGACAGCCUGUGGGCCCAGAGCCAGGGCCUGAUGCUGCUGAGGAUGGGCCACGGCUUGUGUGAGCAGCACCUUUGGCAUUUUCCCAGGCCCUUGAUAGAAGUAGGUUUGGGGUGACCAUAUACAGAAAGAAUAGCAAGGCUGCAGAAAUAGAAAUCAGGAACUUCAGUGCUGGCCACUGUCACCAUGGCAGCUCUCUGCACUUCACAGUGGGAGGGGAGAAGGAGUCACAUUUUCUACCACUUACCUGAGACAUUCUGAUAUGGAUGAUGCUAAAGCACAGAAAAAAGGUGAGCUGCGUGGGAUCCCAACGCUGCUGAGGGAUACAGCCCGUGCCUGGUGGCCACAGCAUGCCCUUUCUCUGCCAUGCAGCGGAGCUGUUAGUCAUUGCCCUUGUCAGCAGACCUUCUACCCCGGUGGCAGACGUGAAAGCUAUGGCCCUGGGAGUGGCCUCCUAAAACAAGCCACUUAGGUAAUCUGCCAUCUUCCCUUAACCAGUUUCUCCUCUGAUAGCCUGAGGACAUCUGCAGGCUGUGGCAUUGGGCUAACCUCCUGCUUUUGUAGAUAUAACCAUUCUUUUGUAUACAUGGAGGAUGUUACAAGAACACCCGAGUAUGCCAAAACUCUUGCAUACUCAAGUUCCACAGUGGGUCCUGCAGAACCCGUGUAUCUGAUAAAUCAGUCCUCCAUGUAUGCAGAUUUCGCAUCCCAUCAGUACUGUAUUUUCAACCUGCAUGGUUGAAAAAAAUCUAUAUAAGUUCAGCCAUGCAGUUCAAACCCAUAUUGUUCAGGGGUCAACUGUACAGUUUAUUGGCACAGCCACACUCAUUCCUUUAUGUAUGAUCUACGGCAGAAUUGAGUAGUUGCAACAGAGACUAUGUGGCCUGUGAAAUCUGAAAUGUUUACUGUCUGGCCUUUUACAGAAAAGUUUGCCAGCCCAUGGUGUAGACCAACAGCUUAUCUGAUAGAGAUAGAGGUGGCCUUAAAGAUGUUGCCUUCUUCAUUUUUUUUUGGUUUGGUUUCUGUGAGACAUUUCCUCUAAUAGCUCUGCUUUCCCCAGCACUCACUCUGUUAGCUUUUAAAUGUUCUCUUUGGGAGCUUCAUAUAAGCUUGAUGACAUUUGAGCCACAGUUUGUAGAUCAGCACCUGGAAUAUAUGACACAUUCUUAGUGAGGUCAUCCAGCACUGCCAUGGUGGCUGCCCAGUCUUCUGGCCAGUGUGCUAGGUACACGUUCCUGUCACACAGGGCCCAAGAAACACAUACACAGCCAUACAUAGACCAACAGAUUUAAUAUUAUAUUGCAGUUUUCAGCGAUGCAUAAUGCAGCUGCAAUUGUAUUUUAAGGAGAAGCCAAGUGGGAAUGGUUGUCCCUGCAACCCACUCCCGGGCCAUGUGCAGCCUCAGUGGACACUUCCAUAGUGCUGAGGCCCUGGCCCCACCUCCAGCUAACCUGUACUGCCCACUGCCUUGUGGUUCAGUGCGCAGGCCUUUGCCUUUUCAUCACCAGCCUCUCUGCUCAGUGCUUGCAGUUCUUGGCCUUGUCCUUUAUCAUGAGAUUUGCUGAAAUCACUAAUGAAAAUAACUCCCAAAAGCAACCAACAAAAAUACUAGUUUAACUGGCACUGUGGUAUAUUAAAAGGCACAAGGGCAUUGUGGCUUAACACUUUUGCUGGAUCCCAAGAGACGCACAUGAUGUUACAAAGGGAUCUGGCAGAAUACUAAUAAAUACAUUUCAGUAUAAUCAUCUUGGGGUGGUUUGGCCAGGAUUUCCUAAUUCUUUGAUAUCUAGGUUUUCUUCACCAUUGUCCUGCAGAGGCUUAAUACACAGGCAUAAGAUCAGCAGUGAUUUGUCUAAUAAGUGAUGAGAUCGGCAGCCAAAGUCGCUAAGCUGGACCAUUACUAAAUACCAUGGCCAUGUUGGACUGGAAAUUUAUCCUUCUAGUGUCUUACCUGACAUAAGCCAUUUGCCCACUGUGCAACAUAGAAAGGUGUUUUCAAGUAUUUGGCCAUAGAUUUUUACAUCCAUCAUAAGGUUGGCAUUCAAUAAGGAAAAACUUCUAACUCCAGUAUUAAAUUGUACAUAAAUCCCAAAUGUUCUUAAAGAACACUCAGGGACACGUUUGUUGCCUGGGCUUGGUAAUGAAAGGUUCAUUUUUGAAACUUGAAAUUUCACCAUUGGUUUUUUUCCCUAUCAAUCAUUUCCUCAUAUCCAGCAAAAGGAAUCUCAGGUUCUUUGAUUCCUGGCAGAGUUCUGUGGCUUCAGUCUGUGUAUCUGUCCUGAGGGGAAAAUUGUGUCUUGAUCCAUUAAUCAAUUUGGUAACUUUAAUCUUGAGGUUUUUAUAAUUCUAAGGAGGGUUAAUAAAGAACGAUAAUCUGUUUUGUUUGCUAAUAGCUAAGACAAAUUUGUAAUAAAGUGUUUCAUAAUACUUC